GCCUUUGGGAAUCAGACCGCACACGUUGUCACUGCACCAGCGCCUCUCGUUCCAUCAGCUUUACUCGAUCUAGUCUGCAUACAUACAGCUUGCAAGAUGGGAGGUGGAGCGCGCUACCCUUACCCGAAAGAAGUGUGGAGUCCAUCCGGUGGUUGGUGGAGCCAGCCACGAAACUGGAGGUCGAACACUGCGGUCUGCGCUGUAGGUAUCGGAAUCUUCUCUUACUUCUUGUGGAACUACAGCGUGGAGAACGAAUCUUACCACCAUGUCCCAGCCAAAUGGGUACCUUCGAUGCUCUGGAAUCCGAAGUUGAGGGAGGCCUAUGAGGAGCAGCAGAAGAAGAAUCUGGCAUAAGGCAACACUCAUUGCUGUUGAGAAUGUGAAUACAUGCGACGAUGCUUCUAUUCUGAUUGAUUCCGUUCGCUGCGGGACCCGCAGAUCAAUCGCACGAGUUUGUCACUUCAA